UCUGCAGGUUGCCUCUCCCUGCUGGUGACCGUGCAAGACGCUGAGCGUUACACCACCUUGUUCGCCACCGUCAUCCUCAAGUGUGACUACAGCACCUCAGCUCAGCUGCAGGAUGUGGUGGUGACCUGGCGCUUCAAAUCCUUCUGCAAGGACCCCAUCUUUGACUACUACUCAGUCUCCUACCAGGCGGCGCUGGCCCUCGGGCAGGACCCGUCCAACGACUGCAACGACAGGCAGCGGAGCGUGCGCAUCGUCAUCCAGAAGUACGGGCAGAAGGAGCCCGUGCUGGGCAUCGACUACCAGCAGAGGAAGAUCACCAUCCAGAACAGGGCAGACCUUGUCAUCAGUGAGGUCAUGUGGUGGGACCACGGCGUGUACUACUGCACAGUGGAAGCACCAGGAGACACCUCAGGUGAUGCAGACAAAGAAGUGAAGCUGAUUGUUCUCCACUGGCUCACAGUACUCCUCAUCAUUUUUGGUGGCCUCCUGCUUCUCCUGUUUAUUGGAAUAUGCUGGUGCCAGUGCUGCCCCCAGUACUGCUGCUGCCACGUCCCAUGUGUCUGCUGCCCGACCCGGUGCUGCUGCAAUGAGGAAGCACUGGAGCGACAUCGGUUCAUGAAGCAGGCCCAGGCACUGGCACCUUGGAUGUCACACAACAUGUUCUACAGGGGCAGUGACAGGAACUCACAACUCUCCUCUUACCAGCUGAACCCUCUACUGCAACAAGAUGUCUCUCUGCAGAACAGCCUUCCACUGGUGCAGCCCCAAGCUCAGCUGUCCCCCAACAAGGGCGUUUUGGACUAUCUGGAGUCUGAAAUCCAAAACAUUAACGUGCCACAGCUCCGGCCACCCUCGCAGCAGCGGCAGGCCGCGCAGCCCAGCCUGCUCUCCUCCCUGGGCUCCGAGAUCCUGCCGCCUCCUCUCCCCG